CCAUUGUCUGGCUGCCGCAACAUGGAAGCGGGCAUCCCAAGGAUAAUUAUCCUUCUUUUAGCCAUACAUGUGAGUCCUUUUGAGUAUAACAAAUCAGUCGUAUUUGGAAAAUGUCUCAUGAGAGGUAUAUGCCAUGAUGGUGGUGGUUCCUCGAAGGAAUCUUGUGUUUAUAAUGGUCCUGCAAUAACUUUAAAAGAUGAAAGCGCAUUAUCUGCACUCAAUGAGAUCUGUCCUUAUCUUCUAGAUGUAAAUGAAAAACAAGGGCUUUGCUGUGACGAAGAGCAGAUAUCGUUAAUUAUGUCAGAAUAUACCGAACUACAGACUAUAUUUAAAAGAUGCCCAUCUUGUCAGUACAACAUAGCUCUUCAGAUUUGCCAUUUCACCUGUUCACCGAACCAAAGUGAUCACAUGCAGCUGGUGUCUUACAAUAUUGAUAUGGAUACACUAAAAAAAUAUGUUACCGGUUAUAACGCGUACAUGUCACCUGAUUAUAUGCAACGAACUUUUGACUCUUGUUCGCAAGUAAUACUUCCUUCUUUGGGCAAAUUAGCUAUAGACACAACAUGCGGGAAAUAUUCAGGAUCACAGUGUAACAAAGAAAGAUGGUAUGAAUUUUUUGGUAACCCAAUCGAAAAUCCAUUCUCAUCUUAUAAAAUUCAAUUCAUCCAGAAAACUGAGAAGUAUUUACACUAUACACCUUUCAAUCCAAAAACGUACAAAUGCUCUGAGGCGGUUUAUAAUAAUUCUGCUUCUUGCAGUUGUAUUGAUUGUUCUGACAGCUGUCCUCCUGCUCAAAAGUACCCUGAAGAUGACAUCUCAUUAAAUAUCUUAGGGGUCGAUGGAUAUAUUUUAAUAGCUAGCAUUGCUUACGGGUUGUUUUUUAUCAUUUUUGUAUCCGUGAGAUGUUACUUUUACCUGUCCAAAAGUAAAAAUGGAUUGACACUUUUUAAAAAUAGCAAUAAUGAGAGACAAAUUAAGCAAAAAAUCAAUGUUUUCCAUCGAGUGACUAAUAAAUUGGAAGAGUUUAUUGAAAAUUCCUUCUAUCUGUGGGGAAAAUUGGUAGCCAAGCAUCCAACUUUAGUGCUUGCUCUUUCAAGUUGGCUUGUCGCAGUUUUAAUAUUUGGCGUGCAGUAUCUUGAAAUCACAACAGACCCUGUACAAAUCUGGGUCUCCUCCACGUCACGAUCAAAAAUCGAGAAGGAUUAUUUUGAAGAGACAUUCGAGCCUUUUUACAGAACUGAGCAAAUAUUCAUAAAAAGCGUUGGUUUACCGAAAAUAGUGCAUCACACAUCCAAUGGACCUAUUGAAUUUGGUCCAGUGUUCCACAAGAAUUUCCUCUUGGAACUGUAUAAAUUACAGGAAGAGAUAGAAGCUAUUCCAGGUUUGGUCGAUGUUUGCUUCGCUCCAUUAAGCUCAAAGCCAAAAGCUACCAACAUUACUCAAUGUGUUAUUCAAAGUGUCUGGGGCUAUUUUCAAAACAAUUUACAAACAUUUAAUAGUUCUCACAAAGAUGAAAAUAAUUUCACUGUUAAUUAUUUAGACCACCUUUACUCCUGUAUGCAGAAUAGUUUCAAUCUGGAUUGCUUGGCUCCGUAUGGAGGAAAUGUUGAACCUGCUAUAGGUGUGGGUAGUUUUUUACAGUUUGAUGAAUCUGCUUUCCACAGAGCAGAGGCACUUGUUCUAACAUACGUUAUUAACAACCAUUUAGAUCAAGAUAAACUUAAACCAACACUGGAAUGGGAAAAAAACUUUAUUUCCCUUCUUAAAAACUACACGAGCUAUAGAAAGCCUGAAUUUAUGGAUCUAGCUUUCCGCAGUGAGAGAUCUAUAGAAGAUGAACUUCAAAGAGAAUCAGUGGCUGAAAUUUUUACAAUAGCCAUAAGUUAUAUACUUAUGUUUAUAUACAUUUCAAUUUUUCUUGGUUCUUACAAAUCAUAUCGAACGCUUCUGAUCAACAGCAAAAUUGGACUUGGACUCGGUGGCGUUCUCGUUGUUUUAGUUGCAGUGUUUUGCUCUCUAGGGAUAUUUGGUUACGUCGGUUUGCCAACUACCCUUCUAACUAUUGAGGUAAUUCCAUUUUUAGCACUGGCAGUUGGAGUCGACAACAUGUUUCUGCUUGUUGAAACACAAAAGAAAAAUAUAAUACUUUACAAAGAUACUGUAGAAUGCGUAGGCCAAACCUUGAAGCAAAUUUGUCCUUCUUUACUUCUUACAACAUUUUCUGAAGCUGCUUGUUUUGUGAUAGGAAGUUUAACGAAUAUGCCUGCUGUAAGAACUUUUGCUUUGUAUGCCACUGUUGCAUUACUCUUGAAUUUUGCUCUUCAAAUGACUAUAUUUGUUGCUUUCCUAUCUCUUAAUGGAAAACGUGUUUUGGACAAUCGCUUAGAUUUAUUUUGCUGUAUAAAAUUAAAAUCUGCCCCCAGGCUGUCAUCUAUUGAUGAGACGUGGUUUCAUAAUGCAAUUCAAAAACCUUUGUUGGCAUUCAUGUUCCAACCGGUGGUGAAAGCCAUUAUUUUUUUAAGUUUCAUAUUUUGGUUUGCGGCGAGUAUCGCCACAAUCCCUCAUAUUGAACCUGGAUUAGAACAGGAAAUUUCUAUACCUUUGGAUUCCUACGUUGCAAAAUUCUUUACUAUGAGUAAGGAUGUUUUGUCGUUGGGACCACCAGUUUAUUUUGUAGUAAAGUCGGGGUUGAACUAUAGCGAUGACCAUGUUCAAAAUCUCAUCUGCGGAGGCCUGAGAUGUGCAUCGAAUUCGUUAAGUACACAAAUCAAUACGGCUUCAAAACAAAAGAAUAUAACUUACAUUGCAAGCCCGGCUUCAUCCUGGAUUGACGAUUAUAACGACUGGUCAACAAUCGAUGGAUGUUGUAAAAUGUAUCCAAAUGGGACGUUUUGCCCUCAUAGUGAUGCAAAUUGCAUGCCGUGCAAUAUAACUCUAAACAGUGACCGGACGAGGCCAGACGUGGCAUCUUUUAAACAUUAUUUGCCAUUUUUUCUCCAAGACAUUCCUGAUCCUGAUUGCGCUAAAGGAGGCCAUUCUGCUUACAACCAGGGGUUGAUGUAUUUCCUGGAUAACUACGCUACGGCAGUUGUAUCAGAUUCAUAUUUUAUGGCUUAUCAUAAACCUUUGUUUACAUCAAGAGAUUACUACACUGCUUUAAGAAUGUCUCGUGCAAUAGCUGAAAAUAUAACAAAAACUUUAAAUGACUUACUGCCAGAUCAAGAGAACGUUGAAGUAUUCCCUUACAGUGUGUUCUAUGUUUUUUACGAACAAUACCUGACAAUUUGGAUUGAUGGUGUCAUAUCGAUUUGUUUAUCCUUACUCACCAUCUUCUUAGUCAAUGUCCUGCUCAAUGGGUUUGAUUUAAUUACAGCGAGCUUGGUUUUAUUUACUGUUUCAAUGAUUAUGUCGAGCAUAGCUGCUCUGAUGUAUUGGUGGAACAUCAACUUAAACGCCAUCACCCUCGUUAAUUUGGUCAUGGCGAUUGGUAUAAGUGUGGAAUUUUGCAGUCAUAUUGCGCACGCAUUUUGUUUUUCUCCACACGAAACCAAAGAUAAAAGAGCCAAAGAUGCCCUGUUGAACACAGGCUCCUCUGUUUUUUCAGGGAUCACCUUAACAAAAAUUAUCGGUGUAUCAGUCCUAGCAUUUUCAAAGACGCAGAUUUUUAGAGUAUUUUAUUUUAGAAUGUACUUGGGGAUGGUCGUGUUUGGAGCGCUUCAUGGUCUCAUUUUCCUUCCAAUCCUACUCAGUUAUUUUGGUUCUGACAACAAAAUUCGAAUGUAUCUCAGAUCAAGACGAAGGCUGGCAUGUGUGGAAAGUGAAUAAAUUAUUUAAUAAGUCAUUAAUAUGCAUCAAAAUGUAUUAUUUUAUUUAUUAAAGAAAAU